AUGGUGAAUUCCGACCUGAGAAAGCUGACGAAGAAGGAGCGACAACUGCGGGACAUGGUAGAAGCCAUUCAGGAGUUCGUGAACGAGUAUCAGGAGGGACGCGAUCGAAGUUCAGUUCCAGCAAGGCUGAAGAAGUUGGACAAGGUCUACGAUUUAUUCUGCGAUGUGCGCGCUGACAUCGAAAUACUCCUCGAAGAAUGCGACACCGAUGAUGAGGAGAGUAAAGAUGUUCCAGCAGCGGUUCGCGAACAGACCAUGGCGGCCAAGGUGAAACAACGCAGCGAACAAAAUUCCAAGGCCCUGAAGACAUUCAUCCAACAAUACUUCCGACUGAAGGCAUCAUUAGAAGGUUUCAUGCACGGGCCCGGUUCAAGCAGUCAACUGAUCCCAGCACCACCGAACAACGCACCGGCGGCGGCCUCUCCUAUGCGUGUGAAGCUACCCGAAUUGGAGAUUCCGACGUUUCGGGGAUCGCUCAUGGAAUGGGUCACUUUUAGGGACACGUUCAAAACCCUAAUUGUCGACAAUCCUCACUUGACCGAUAUCGAUCGGUUCACAUACCUUCGAACUUCGUUGGCGGGGGAAGCGCUGCAGCAGAUUGCGUCGAUUGACCUCACGGCGGACAACUACUCCAUAGCGUGGCGCUCAUUGGAGUCACGCUACGAAAACAAGAAGCUUCUGGUGAAGUCCCACAUAGAUGCUCUGUUCGCAGUCAACCCGAUGAAGAAGGAGUCCUUCGAAGCGCUGAAUCACGUCAUCGGCGAGUUUGAGAAACAUCUACAGAUGCUGACGAAGCUCGGCGAAGAUACUCAACAUUGGAGUACGCUUCUGGCUCACAUGCUGGCCAGCAAGCUCGAUCCCACAACAUAA